CGACUUGGCAAUCCCCAAAAUGUGGAACAUGAAACAGCAUUGAAUAUCAGGUCUAUAUUAUAUCUCGUCUGUGUUUUGCUUCUUACAUAUCUACGGCGUCUUCGUAAGUUAAUUACGAAUAUUGACAUUUCGAAGCCAAUAUUCUUGACUAUUCAAACUUAAAUAAUAUAAUUUUAUUUAUAAUCACUUCGUGUUGCUUGUAUAAUAAGUAUAAGAUUGAGAUGUAAUGUUAGGGUUUCUCCAAUAUCACAAUACUCAAGUGAAAUAUCAGUAAAAUAAAUAGUGUAAAUUGUUUUAACAACGAUAUAAUUAAACAUGUCAACUUUGGAAGAUAAGAUUUUAGGCGAAAAGUUGCACUAUUAUUGUAGUAGCUCCAGCGAAGACGAAGAAAAUGAUUCUGGAGACUCUGACAAAGAGACAGAAGAUGAAAAAUAUUCACAAAUCAUUACGGAUUCCAUAGAACCAUCGUUUUCAGAAUGGGAUGGCACUUCCAGCAAUACAGGUCCCAAGGGUGUCAUAAAAGAUUGGCAACGAUACAAACAACUGCAAGCAGAAAAAAGAGACGAACAAGAAAAAGAAAGACUUCAAUUAAUAAAGAAACUGAGUCUAACAUGUCGUAGCUCUUUAGAUGAAGAAAAAGAGAAAAUUAUGCAAACUGAUCCUGAUCUCGCUGAAUUACUAACUGAUGAAUUUCUUCUACAAUAUCAGAAACAAAGGAUGAAAGAGAUGCUUGCAAGAACUGAGAAACUUUGUUUUCGUAGAGUAAUUAAUUUGGAAACAGCUGAUCAAUUUUUAGAAGCAAUUGACAAUGAAGACAAAUCAGUGACAAUUGUUGUUCAUAUUUAUGAACCUAAUGUUCCUGGCUGUGAGGCUAUGAAUGGUUGUUUAAUAUCCGUUGCAGAGAACUAUCCCUUUGUGAAAUUCUGUAAAAUUUUAGGUUCAGUAGCUGGACUCAGUAAACAUUUUAAGAAAGAAGGAGUUCCAGCUUUGUUAGUUUAUAAAGCUGCUCAAGUUAUAGGAAAUUUUGUUCAUGUAACAGAUUAUUUAGGAGUAGAUUUUUAUGCCUCUGAUGUUGAAGCCUUUUUAAUUGAACAUGGAAUGCUUACUGAUAAAAAUUGUGUACCUCUUAUCACUUCACAUGAUGAACAUGCCUUAUCAGACAGUGAAUAAAUGAAACAAACUUUUUCAUGAA